CUUGUCGGAAAGCGGGUGGAGAAGAGACCCGGGCUUGUUUUGGGUAUCAUGUGACAGAGGGAGGCGGAGCUCAGCGCAGGUUAACACGACGCCAGGUAGAGACGUAAAGAAGGUGGAAGCCUCGAGUUUCUUUUAGUUUCUCAGCAGCGAACAACAAAAGGUCCACCAGGAGCAGCUCCUACCCUCCUCCAUCCUCACUGCGAUGCCUCGGAGCAGCCUCCCUCACUGCCGCUGACCGAGAACUUGUUGCUUUCCCGAACGCAGACGCGAUGAUGAUGAACUCGGACGGCCUGCGGCCGGUGCCCAACUCCGGGCGCAAAGCGCUGGGCAAACUGGCCACCCGGCUGGAGGAGGUGAAGAACUCCUGGAGGCAGGUUUCUGCACUGGAGCUGAGCCACAACGAGGCGGCCAGACUGGCCACGGACGCCCUGCUGGAGGCCGGCGAGAAGGAGUACCGGCGAGUGCUGGCGGAGGAGAGGGAGCUGAACUUUCUGUCGUCGCUGGAGAUUCGCUACAUCACCGAGAGCGCGGCCAAGAGCGCCCGGCCUGAAAACGGGUGCAACGGAGCCGAGCGGGACUGCGGGGAGGGCGACGCCGUGUCCGAGCUCACCUCCGGGACGUACUUCCCCAUGAUGUCCGACGAAGAGCCGCCGCUGCUGGAGCUCGGCUGGCCGGAGGUGCCCAACCGCUUCGGCCCCUCAGAGACGCAGAUAUACUUCCAGAGAGACAAAACCCAAAACCUGAAAGAUCUGAUUCGAUCGCUGAUCAAUAAGGCGAAGAAGGUUAUCGCCCUGGUCAUGGACGUCUUCACAGAUGUGGACUUGUUCUGUGACUUAAUUGAGGCCUCCAACAAGCGCAGGGUUCCGGUGUACAUUCUCCUGGACGAGAAGAAUCUCAGCUACUUCGUUGACAUGUGCACAGCACUGGACAUCCAGAGCUCACACCUGAAUAAUAUGCGGAUACGAAGCGUGUGUGGAGAUACUUACUGCACCAAAAGUGGAAAGAAAUUUACAGGCCAAGUUCAGGAGAAAUUCAUGAUCAUCGACUGCGAGGAGGUCAUAGCCGGAUCAUAUAGUUUUACCUGGCUGUCCGCUCAGGUGCACAGCAACAUGAUUUUGCACUUUUCUGGCCGCAUCGCCGACAGCUUUGACCGGGAAUUCCGUUGCCUCUAUGCCGACUCCCAGAUCAUUGAUCGCUUCCAUAACCCUGAUGAGGAGGGCCUUCCCUAUUACUCUUACAGCAUGCAGAUGCCCACGAUGGACUUCUUCCCAGAGAGAGGGAGCAGAGAAAGGGACAGGGAAAGGGACAGGGAAAGGGUGUGCUCCGAGAACUCCAGCAGCCAGUCCAGCAACAGCGUGUCCAGCAUCAAAGCUGCUCCAGGCAUGACGUCUCAAGUCUACAAGGUGACCCAGGACAAGAAGGACACAAACCUGCUGAAGAGUCCAGAGAGGAGAGGGGUUGUAAGUCCGGGGCUUCAAGGAAACCAUGUUGGCAGGAGAUCGCCCAACGACACCCUGCAGAGUCCUCCGACGGAACGUCCAGCAUCAAGCGGCCUUUCGUCGGGGGUGGAAUGGGCCAAAGCAGGAACACCAGAGUUCCUCAGGGCAAACCUCGCUGGACCAACAUCUAAAUUCCAAGCUAUGGGUCUCUAUGACCAAAAGAACUUCUACCACAAAGCUCCUCCGAUUCCUCAGCCGCCCGUGGAAAACAAACCCCCCCCCAAAGUGCGCAGUCCCACAAAUCCCCUUUUCAAUAAAUUUGCAGACAUGUUCUCGUCAUCCGCCAAAGACAAGGACUCUUACAUCUUCCAGAGGUCUCCUCCCCACAGUACCGCCUACGGUGGUCCAGACCUCUCGCAGAACGAGCCAGAGAGCAUGCAGGGUCCUCCUCCACCGGGACCUUUGCCAAAGGACCGAACGGGUCAUGACACUUGGAUCAACCGCCGGGACGAGAAACGCAUGACCCUGGGCCACAGCAAACUGGACCUGGUUAAUCACUACAACAAGAUGAAGUCGAAGCAGGUGUACAGCCGCUUUGAACUGAAGAACAACAAUUGACCUCAAUAACGUGACGGACGUUAUGUUCGCUUUUCCUUUCAUACCUUUGGUGGUAUGGCAUCUUUUUGUUUCUGUGAAUGGACGGAAGUUGUGGUGGAAUGUUUUUUUUUGUUUGUUUUUUUUUGUGCCUUUUUGUUUUCUAACAGACAAUAAAGAAUAGAAAAGAGUAAGGCGACCUGCGAACUUUACACAUUGCAGAUAAGGUGGCUUGUUUUUCCCAAAUUUUCCAGUGUUUACUUCUCAUGACAUUAGUACUGUAUAUUUUAUUGCAGUACACAUAACUUUACUCUCUAACGUUUUCUGGUAACACUUUAUUUGAAGUGGUCCUUUGUAGGUGAUAAAUGACUCUUAAGAUCAUCAGUAACGCAUUAAGAACAUAUCAGUGAUGUAGCAGUGGUGAAACAUCUGGAUACAUUGAAAUAUCUUGAAGUUGUCUUGACACAUUAAGUAGAUGUUUUAUUGAUAUGAAGGAAUUAUAUUUUAUAUGAUACUUCCAUUACGCCAAACCUAACUUCACGCAACCUUUCCUAAAACUUAACCCUAAUCCUAACUGCAAUCUAAAAAUAUAAUCUGAAAUAUAAUCCUAACCCUCACCAUGGCACUAAUGCUAAUCCUAACCUUAACCUCAAACCAAAACCUAAACCUGACCCUCACCCUGGCCCUAAUACUAACACUGUGACACUAAUCCUAAUUCUAACCUUAACCUCAACACACAACCUAAUCCUAACCCUCGCCCUGUCCCUAAUCCUUAUCUUAACCCUCACCUCAAUCUGAAAUCUAAUCCUAACCCUCAUCUCAAACUAAAAUCUAAUCCUAACCUUAACCUCAAACCAAAACCUAAUCCUAACCCUCGCCCUGGCCCUAAUACUAACACUGUGACACUAAUCCUAAUUCUAACCUUAACCUCAACACACAACCUAAUCCUAACCCUCGCCCUGUCCCUAAUCCUUAUCUUAACCCUCACCUCAAUCUGAAAUCUAAUCCUAACCCUCAUCUCAAACUAAAAUCUAAUCCUAACCCUAACCUCAACCCAAAACCUAAUCCUAACCCUUGCCCUGUCCCUAAUCCUAACCCUCACCUCAAUCUAAAAUCUAAUCCCAACCCUAACCUUAACCUCAACCCAAAACCUAAUCCUAACCCUCACCCUGGCCCUAAUCCUAACCCUAGCCUAAACCCAGUCUUAAUCCAGUGAAGCUCCAGGUUGUCUUCAUGGCGUCAGUGUGUCUGUAUCAGCUGGUUGAGGAGGUUGAUGGUCUGCAUUAAACCUGUUAAUGUUCAGUUCCUCUCAGAUUAAACACCUACAGAUCUGAACUUGGACUCCAAAUAAAGUGAAAAACGGCUGAAUUCAGCAGAUUAUAAACAGUUUUUAUUCACACAGUUCAUUAAAAGCCUCUUGAUAAUCUACUGAAUGUAUUCACUGCUGCUACAUCACUGAUUGAGAGUUUAUUCCGUCUAAAAAGGACGCUCAGAAUAAAGUAUCACGCAUUUUCUUAAAGUUAAGGUGGUGUUUUUACACCUUACGCCAGCACCUUAUAUUUCCUGUGGCAAAUAGAUGGAAUUAACCUCCUGAGCGGAGUCGUUCUGUCGGCUGCUGAGUGUUAUAUGUAGCUUUAGGGGGCGUUCAGACGAUGCCCGAUGAACAUGAAGUGCCCAGCGUCUUUCUAAGUGGUGAGUUAACAGGUUUAAUCAAACGUUUAGGACCUUUUCACGUUUAGUUUUGUGUUGAUUUGAGUUUUGUUCAGUUCUGGUUGUUUGAAAGCAGCUUUUUCCAUUGGUGACUAGAAAGAAGGAGCCCAUGGUAUCAAUUGGUCAGCUGUGACGAUGUGUGCUGCUUUUUCUAGGUGCGCAGCAGAAAAGUUGUUUUUUCCUACUUAAAUGUGCAGUUUAAAAGCGUAAAGCACAGGCUAGAUUAGCACUUUCAUCCAUCGACCACAAAAGAAGCGUUUAAGUGCGUUUGAAAAGGCCUCGACUGAACGCCCCCCUAAUUGGGACCUUUUUAUAUAUAUAUAUUCCCAACUUUGCAUUUAUCUAGAGGUGCAUUUGUGUUUAUACUAGAAAUACUGUGAUCUUCGUAUCUCUUUAAGACUAUAUAGUCACCCAAAGAUACACGUGAUGAACUGCUACUGUAUGUGCAAAAAUCAUAGACCACCCUGCAUUAUUUACCACUCAGAGGGUCCACUAAGUGUCCAUGUAUUUAAAUGUAUGAAUUUAUUUAAAAGGUUCUAAACUGUCUCUGGGUCAGUUCCCCUCCUGUCUCUGGGGUGGGACCCUCAAGGCUCCA